CAUGCCUUCUACUGAAGGUCAUUUAUUCCUUUAUCCCUCUGUCAUUCAGCAGCUGUGCACCAGUGUCUCCUGUGUUCCGGGCCCAGGGCUAAGGGGUAAUGAAAGACAAACUUCCCGUCCUCCGUGAAGGGAUGGUCAGCACUGAACAAGCUAUUACAAGGGCGGCUGCUUUAUGACAAAGUCUCAGGACGAGGGUGCCCCCCACCUGAAGACAAGGAGCCAGGCCCUGAGUGAUGCCCCGGAGCCGAGUGCCCACGGCCCCACCCUUCCCCAUGGAGAAAGGACUUGCUUUGCCCCAGGACUGCCGGGACUUUCUGCACAGUCUGAGAAUGAGGAGCAAAUAUGCCCUUUUCCUGGCUUUUGUGGUGGUGGUUUUUGUCUUUAUUGAAAAGGAAAAUAAAAUCAUAUCGAGGGUCUCGGACAAGCUGAAGCAGAUCCCCCAGUCCCUGGCAGAUGCCAACAGCACGGACCCAGCCCUGGUCUUGGCCGAGAACGCAUCCCUCUUGUCCCUGAGCGAGCUGGAUUCAGCCUUCACGCAGCUGCAGAGCCGCCUGCGGAACUUCAGUCUGCAGCUGGGCUUGCAGCCAGCGGAGGAGGAGGCCAAGGCGGAGGAGGAGGAGGAGGCGGCGGAGGAGGAACAGGGGGAGCAGCCCCCGGGCCCCGCCGAGGCCCGCCGCCGGCGCCACGUGCUCCUCAUGGCCACCACCCGCACCGGCUCCUCUUUCGUGGGUGAGUUCUUCAACCAGCAGGGCAACAUCUUCUACCUCUUCGAGCCGCUGUGGCACAUCGAGCGCACGGUGUCCUUCGAGCCCGGAGGCGCCAGCGCGGCGGGCUCGGCCCUCGUCUACCGGGACGUGCUCAAGCAGCUCUUCCUGUGCGACCUGUACGUGCUGGAGCACUUCAUCAGCCCGCUGCCCGAGGACCACCUGACGCACGGCAUGUUCAAGGCGCGCGACAUGUACCGCUUCGCGGGCAUCCCGCUGACCCCGCAGGUGGAGGACUGGAUCCGGAAGAACACGCAGGCGCCCCGCGACGGCAGCGGCAUCUACUCCACGCAGAAGAACUCCUCGGAGCAGUUCGAGAAGUGGCGCUUCAGCAUGCCCUUCAAGCUGGCGCAGGUGGUGCAGGACGCCUGCGGCCCCGCCAUGCGCCUCUUCGGCUACAAGCUGGCGCGGGACGCCGCCUCGCUCACCAACCGCUCGGUCAGCCUGCUGGAGGAGCGCGGCACCUUCUGGGUCACGUAGGGGGCCUGGCGCCUCCGCAUCCUCCUCGUGAAAGUCCCGCCUUGCCUUCCUCAUCCUG